CCUGGUGUUUUCAGAGCCCACGUCAUCCGAGCUGCAGUGCCCUCUAGCGCAACCGGAGCCUGGCAGAGCGCAGGCCCGCAGGCGUGCCUGCUGGGGGAGAGGCGCAGCAGAGUCCAGGGAGUCCAAGGCAGCGGCACGAAGUCCAUCACGCUUGCCUCGGACUUCCGCCAGUUCCCCGGCGGUUUGGUCAACCGUGCAGGUGGGGGAGCAGAGCACCAGACGGCGGAGCCGGUCCGCGAUGGCGGCACCCGACGCGCUGCUGCUGAUGGGCGUGAGCGGCUCGGGGAAAUCCACCGUGGGCACCAUGCUGGCCUCCAAGCUGGGGUGGAAAUUUUAUGAUGCAGAUGACUACCACUCACAGGAAAAUCGAAUGAAGAUGGGAAAAGGGAUACCACUAACUGACCAGGACAGAUUUCCAUGGCUCUGCAGCUUACAUGACAUUUUACUAAGAGAGGUAGCCUCUGGACAGCGUAUCAUUCUAGCCUGUUCAGCACUGAAAAAAAUGUACAGAGACAUCUUAAUACGAGGAAAUACUAAUCAACCUCUGAAAUGUGGGGCACCGGGAGUGGAAGAAAAGCCGGCUGAGAUACAGCUCAUGGUUGUCCACCUGAGUGGGUCAUUUGAAAUCAUCUCCGGACGCUUACUGCAAAGAAAAGGGCACUUUAUGCCCCCUGAGCUGUUGCAGUCCCAGCUUAAUACCCUGGAGCCUCCAUCAGCUCCAGAAAAUUUCAUCCAAAUCAGUGUGGACAGAAAUCUUACAGAGAUUGUUGCAACAAUUAUGGAAGUUCUAAAAAUGAAAUAAUAUUUUCACACCUGUGGUUUCUGAUCAAUCAAUCUGUCACCAUCCCAAACUUUGCUCCUGUAUCCAGCCUGGGAUGUAUUAUAAAUUUUUAAUUUAGGCCAAACCAUAAUGUACUGAGAUAUUUAUUUGAUAUUGGUAGGGACUUGUCAUGUGCUGUACCAUAUGCUGGAGAAAGGAAAGGAACUUUGAAAGUUAAGCUCAAAUUAAAGUUCAAAUUCAUGGG